AUGGAACAGCGAUUGUCCCCUACAGCAACUGGGGUGCAAGAGCGACAGGACCUCGAAACUCAUGCCUGAACACAAUCGAGUUCGUGACCGAGACCUCGUUCUCCUUGCUGGCUGUGUGAUAAGAACUUAAUCAAUACUCGCAUAUGUUCAUAUUACCUGCCAACACUACUCGGACGUGUUGGAUGUUCCCACCUAAUGUUCACAGUGCCUCGGACAAAAUGUGUCUCGAGUUUCUAGGUUUGACCCAAAAUACUUAGUUUACUGGCGUGUCUGCUGCUCCUGAGGGCUCAGCUGUCGAAAGGCCUGCAGCUUGCGUUUCGCUGACCUGGCCUCGUAAGAGGAAACUCGUCUGGGAAAAUCAGUAGCAGCACUCAAGUUGUGAUGUUGGAGCCAGCUGCGCCAGGGUUGCAUCUAUAUGGCGCUUCGGCACCACCGAGCCGGGAUUUUCAGCUCGCCUGCGCCGCGGAGCCGCGUGUCGCCUGAUUAUGCAGGCCCACGGACUAGAGCUGGCGUCGGCCAGCAAUCUGCCCAUGCAGCGGAGCUAUGACUUUGUGUCCGUGAUUGACGAGGGCGCCUACGGCACGGUCUUUGCGUGCGUGCAACAGCCGGCGGGCACGGUUGUGGCGAUCAAGCAAUGCAAGCACGCCACGGAUCCGCUGGUGCGGCGGCUGCUCCUUCGCGAGAUCCGGAUCCUGCGCUCGCUGCCGCGCCACCCGUGUGUGGUCACGCUGCUGGAUGCCUUCCGCAGCCACUCCAGCGGACGGCCGCACCUGGUGUUCGAACACAUGGAGCGAAGCCUGCACAAGGAACUGGACGCCCGCGGCGGCAACCCGGAGCCCCAGUGCGCCAUCAAGACAAAGCUUGUGGCGUGGCAGCUGUUCCAGGGGUUGGCGCACCUGCACUCACAAAAGGUCGUGCACCGCGACAUCAAGCCCGCGAAUGUGCUGCUGUCCGGCACGGGCGCCGCGACCGUCGCCAAGCUGUGUGACUUUGGCUUCGCGCGCGAGGUGUCGAGCAGCCGGCCCGAGGCGCAGGAGCGGCUGAGCAGCUACGUGGUGACACGCUGGUACCGAGCCCCGGAGAUCCUGGUGGGGGACAGAUACGGCAUGGCCGCGGACGUUUGGUCGCUGGGCUGCACGUUGGCUGAAAUGGCGGCCGGCGGCGUGCCCCUGUUCCCCGGGGCCUCAACCCUAGACCAACUCGCACGCAUCAUGCGCUGCUUCGGCCCGCUGGCGCCCAACCAGACGCUGUGCCUGCUCACUGAGAAACGCCUGGCGCCGCUGCGCAAGCCGCCGCCUCGGUCACGUAACCUGGCUGAACGGCUGAAGGGCAUCGACCCCCACCUGCUGGACCUCAUCUCAUCCUGCCUGACGCUGGACCCCGCCCGCCGGCCCUCGGCGCGCGCGCUGCUGCUGGGCGCCCGCUACUUCCGAGACGUGCCGCUGCUGCUGGCGGGCUCGCCCCUCGCCGCAUCUCUGGCGCCCCUGCUCGAGCCCGAGGCCAGCCCGCACCAAGCGCAGCAGCCACGCGUGCAGCAGUCGCAGCACCAGGAGCAGUCUGGUGCGGCGCAGGCGCAGGCGCAGCAACACCAGCGGGCGGCCAGCAAGCGGGCUCACGAGGAGUCCAGCUCUGCCGCUGCAGCAGCAGCCGGUCCGGACAGCGGCCGCGCGGCCCCAGAUGCCUCCAGCGGCGUGGCUUACCGGAAGCGCGCGUCCGACUUCCUGCCUCAGACCACUAGCCAAAUAGAAACCCAUAGCAUGCAGACCAAGGCCGCCAGUGACGGCUUCAUUGGCGGCGCCGCCAGUCGCACCGCCCCAGCAGCCGCCGCGGCCGCCACGCCCGCCACGGCCGCCACAGCAGCCACGGCAGCCACUGCUGCAGCCGCGCCGGCUGGCGUAGCCGCCGCAGUGGGCGACACGGCGGCUGCGACACGCGUGGGCGCGCACGCACGUAUCAGCGAGGUCAAGCCCGCCACGACUGCCGUCCCGGAGGACGCCCCAAUGCGCGACUUCGGUGAUUUGGGCAACCUACCUGGCCCGCGCCCCAGUAACCCUGGCGGCGGCGCCGGUUUCCGCGGUGGUGCGAUGGGCGCACGACCUAGCUACGCGGGCGGCGGCGCCAUGCCGGGCUACAGGCCAAGCUAUGCCGGCGGCGGUCCUGCCGAUCCCAAUGUGCCAGACCGUUGGGCUUCCACAAUCAGUGAGCCGCCGCCGCGCGGUGGUUACCCGUACGACAGGACGAGCAGCAUCGGCGUGGACGGGCUGUCGGCGCCGACGGGCGGCGACGCGCGAAGCACUCUCCUGUCUGGCCCAAUGGGCAGUGACCUAGUCAUCGUGGGCCGGGGCGGCAGUAGCAUGGACACGGCCGGUGGCACCGGCGGCGGCUAUGGAAAUGGCGGUGACGGCUGCGGAAACAGAACCGCUGCGGCGGCGGCUGUAGCAACAGACGCCGCGGCGCGACACCAGCUACCCAGCGGCUCCGAGCGCAUGCUACAGCCGCUUCCGUCGGGCUCCGAGCUGCCGCCGCUGCUGCCCGCGCCGCCAGCGCCGCCGCUACGGCCUCUGGACGAGACGCUACAGCCGCCGAUUGCCGUGGGCCCCGUGCAGCACUCACGGCCCAGAGCCGGUGUGCAGGGCCUUGACGAGCCCACGAGCGCGGCCUUGCCCGCGGGAGGCAGUAACUCCUCAAAGCUACGGCAGUUGCUGCUACAGCCGUUCCUGGCCGGUGGCGGCAGCGUCAGCGCCUCCAUCGGCCCGCUUCCGCCGCCGCCGGCUGUACAGCCGGCAGCAGCGGCCACUGCCAGCGGUAGCACUGGCGGCGGCGGCAUCGAUGUAAUGAGCAGCAGCGUGCUUAAAAGCCUUCGCGCCACGGGCCGCUCACGUGGCCUGCCGGUCAUGGCUGUAGCACCACACGAGGUCGCGGCGGCAGCUGAUGAGGCUGCUACUGCUGCCACCGCCGCUACUGCCGCCGGCUCGGGCAGGUUUGCUGAGGGCGCCAGCCAGGGCGAUACCUCGGACGACGAAGACGCAAUUGAAGCGACUGUGUCGGCCCUGCUUGGCGUCAACACACCAGUGCAGGAAAUGGGCAGCAGUAGCUACGGCGAGGGCAUUGGCGCUGCACCAGCUGCCGCCGGCGCCUCAGCCGUCAGGCGCCGUGGCAGUGCCGCAACACCGCCUUACGCCGCGUCGCCGUUUACUGCUGAAGCCGGACGCACCGGCGCAGCCGCUUCCGUCGCGGACGCUUCCGCUUCCGCUGUCGCCCGCACGCCGCCGUACAAUGUGUCUGUGGUCAUUCCAAUCCGGUCCUCGCCCCGUGCUGCCUUGGCGGCGGCCGCGCGCCGCUCCAGUUGUGCAGCCGCCAUUGGCGGCGGCGUCAACCUAUCCGCCGCCGGCGCCGGCACCGGCGGUGGCAACAGUGAUGCCAUCCUGAGCUCAACCGCCACCAACGGCUACGAAGUGGCUUUGGAUGGCCUGGUGACGCUUGGGUCUCCAGCGGUGGCGGCGGUGGCGGCGGUGGCGGCGGCUGCGACAGCGCCAGGCGUGGCGCCGCCGCCCUUCUCGGCAUCGCCGUUGGGACCAACAUCCGCUGGCGCAGCUGCAGCUGCAACAGUAGCCGCGAGGGCGAGCAGUCUGGGCAACACGGCAUCCGGAGGUGAGGCGGCUGCGGCCAGGGCUGCCGUCGCCGUGCCCAACCCUGCGUCUGCGGUCGCCGCGGCUGCGCUGGCGGCGGGGCUGGCGCUGCGGCGGCCGGCCAGGGAGCAGCGGAUGGCGGCGGGCGGCCCGCCGCGCGUGGUGCGCGCGAGCGCCAGCAUGGUGGAGUUUGUGCCGCCGGCGCCAUGGCUGGCACAGCAGCAACACCAAUAUCAGUACCAGUACCAGCGGCAGCAGCACCAGACGGCGCUGCCGAUGCGAUACAACACGGCCGGGGGCGGUGUUGCCGUCGAUGCCGGGGCAGGCGUGAGCGGCAGCGGCGGCAUGGGGCCCGGUGCCAUGGCCUCGGGCGUGGGCGGCUCGGCGAUGUUUGGUGGCUUGAGCCUGGUUGCCACAAACAUCAACAACGACCUGCACCUCCAUGCCGAGGCCGGUGACGGAUCCAAUCGCAUCCUCCGGAACCUCGACUUCAGCAUGCUGCCCGACCACCACCAGCAACAGCUGCAGCAGCUCCAACAGCUGCAGCAACAGCAAGCCCAACGAAUGCUGCGGCCUCCUGGUGGCGCCGCGCCGCCUGUUUCUAUACUGUGCCCUGAGUCUAGCGCCGUCCUCCUUUCUGACAUCCUCGCAAGUCCCGCCGGCGCGCCGCCGGCCCUGCCGUCCAGCGCUCUCCUUGUUCACAACCUGUCCUUGCGACGGCCCGGCGCCGCUGCCGCAGCGGCCGCCGCCGCCACGGCCGCCGCCGCCGGGCAUCAGCCGCCUCCGCCGCCGCUCGUUCACAUGCCGCACGUCCGAGGCGGCAUCAGCACGACGGCAACGUCAGUGGCGGCUCUGGUGGCGGGCACGCCAACCUUCGUCUCGGUUACGAACAUUUUCGGCAGCAUCGCCGCGCACGACGCGGCUACGCUGCCCGGCGGUUAUCGCUACAGCUCGGCCAAUGCGGCGGGUGCAGGAGGCGCGGCGGCGGCGGCGGUUGGUACUGGUGGCGGCGGCGGCGCCGGCGGUUCGGCCAUGGCCCAGUUUCAGGCGACGGAGCGUUUUCACGAGACCCUGUACGAAGGCGAGGAGGGCGGCGGCGGCGACGACUCGAAGGGCGGCGACCCUGCUGGCGGCGGCGGCGUGCCGCCGCGGCUGUUGCAGAAUCACAUGGAGGUCUUCAUGCAACAACAGCGGCCGCAACAGCCGCAGCAGCAGCAAAUGCAGCCGCAGUUGCUACAGCAGGUGCCGCAGCCGCAGCAGCAGAUUUCAUGGGACCACCAGCGAGGCCCCACGCCUUCUAGCGCGUCCACCGUGGGCGGCCUCAACAGCGGCGUCGUUGCCACCGGCGCCAACAAUGGCAGCGGCUCACCCACCGCGGCCGCAGCGCGUGUGUCGCAGCUCCUAGACCUGGCCGCAGCAGGCCGCGCCGGCGUCGGCGUUGCCGUGUCGGCAGCAGAAGCGUACAGCAGUGGCAGCGGGCAGCAGCGAGGGCUGCAGGCGCUUCAAGCCGGCAGUAGCAGGCCAGGCCUCGCCGGCGUGCCAGUGGCACCCGGAUCCAUCCUACCCGGGAUGGAGUGCAGCGGCGGCGGCGCGGCCGCCGUCGCCGGAGGCGCCACUUCCAACGGUCCGUCCAGCAACACCGUCAGCGGCGGGGGUAACGGCUACGUCAUCGGCGCGGCGGCGGCCGGCGCGGCGCUGAGUGGCGGCGGCGGCCUGGGCGCCGGCGGCAACAGCGGCAGCAGCGGCCGCAUGCGGGUUGGGGAGGUGGUCCUGAGCGCGCUGGGGAGCGGCAGCUGCGGCGUCAGCCGCCUGAACGGCCGGGCUCUUGGCGCCACCUCCACGGCGCUGGAGGUGUUGAGUGAGGAGGAAGCGGUGACGGCGGCGGACGACUCGACUGCCGGCUCAGCACAGCAGCAGCACAGCGCGUCGCUGCAGGCAGCGCAGCAGGCCCAGCUGCAGCAGCAGCAGCAGGUGACGCGGCAGCAGCUGCACGCCGGCACCGCCGCCGCCAUCUCCAUGGCGGGCGUGGCGGCGCCAAUGUCGGCAGCCGGUGUGCAGGCACCGCCGCCGCCCCUGUUCGCGCGCGCGUCGUCCAGGCUUGGCCAGCUGUCGCGCCUAAGCCGCAGCGCCACCGACGCCGCCGGGCUUCUUAGUGGUCCUGCCACAGCCACCGCACCCGGCGACGUUGUUAUUGGUGCCGGUGCUGCGCUCGGGAAUGGCAGUAGCACGGCCGCCCGUAGUGUGUCGCUGCUGAUUGGUGUCGGCGCCGGCGCAGGUCCUGCGAGCGGCACCCAGACUCUAAGCCGCUUUGCGACGGAGCAGCAGCUGCAGUCACAGCAGCUGCCAUCCGGCUGUGCCUCCACCGGUUACGUCCGCCUGAUUUCGGUUGCGGGCGAGCAAGGCAAUGGGUGCGUUACUGAGGCCGGCGGCGGCGGUAACGCGAGUAACGGCGCCGCCGCCGCCGCCGCUGGAGGUCUGGCGGCGUCGUCUCGCCGGCUGCUGGCCACCGCGACCGUGCAGCCAGCCCAGCCACCCCCGGCGGCUGCCGCUGGCGCCGUGGCAGCCGUGGCCCCUGUGGAGGUGUUGGCGGCGCCGGCGCCGGCGGCCACUUCAACCGCGGCCAACACCCAUGUUACCGGGCUUGGAGCCAGGGGCCCGGUUGUGACCGGGGACGCGCGCGCAUUGCAACAGCAGCAGCAGCAGCAGCGGCAGCAGCCGACUCAGGGCCGCCGGGCCGGCGCUGGCAUUGGCGGCUUGCUGGCGCGUCUGUUUGCAUGCGGUGGGCGUGGAAGCCUGCCUGCGGAGUGAGGCCGAGGGCCUUUGCUGGGCGCUGGAGGAUUAGCAUGUAGAGCGGCACAACCGCUGCACGGGGGUAUUGCUGCGACUUGACUGCAUCACUACCCAGCAGGCAAGGCGGGUCCUGCACUUGCUACUAUACCUGGGCUCGAGUGCGUAUGCACUCGGCGAGCGCGGCUUUAAAAACGGAGCGCUGGAGAAUGUACAAAUGAAUGUACUAGCGGGUGAACGUACUAACUGCUACGGAUCGGCAAAGUGUGGGCUGGAGACACGGCGGUAUGUGGACACGUCGGCAUGGCAGGCAGCAUUUCAGCAGCUUUGAUGGAUUGCGUGACUGUACGGUUGGUUAACUGUCUGGCUGCCCUUAAUUUAUGGAUCAGUGGGUCACUGCUCAAUGCAGGCCUGCCUAGGCUUUGCCCUACAAUUUCAAUGAUGAGCAAUGCAUGACGCCGGCACGCACAAGCAGGGGCCCGCAAUGCCCUGACAGCCUGACGUGCCAGUUUUCCCCCCUAAUCCUGAUGCUACGAUUGGCCUUCCGACGCGCUAUUCUUAGCUUCUUGAUGCCUACGCCCAUCGUGGCGAAACUUCGCAGGACGGUACUUAAUUUCGUUUGCCUUUCGCGGUUUGGAGGUUGCCCAUGAGAUUAGAGAGCGCGCACGCCGAGGUUGUGUGCCAGGAACAUGCCGCAAAGCUCAACGUUGUCAUCCGGAACGUGUCAGAACACAUGCUUGCAUUAGUAUAAAGCCUGGCUGUAGCAAGCAGCCAGAGCUGAUGAGAGAUGCGUGCAAGAGCACAAGGCCGUGCCCAGUGGAUCACACCUGAGUGGGGUUGCGUCGGCCUAGAGGCAGGCAUGCAAAAGGUGCAUGUGCAUGAGUGCAAAACGCUUGUACGUGUGCACUCGAUGAAGGUGGAAGGUGAGACCGGACGAGCGCAGUGCACGUUGAGCAGCUGUGUACGAUGGCGGUGGAUCGGGCCAGGUUCGCUUAGCGCGUCACAAGCAGCUCAGGCUGCACCGAGGGAGCCGUGUGCACCGCGUGCACCGUGCAUGACAUGGACGGCCGUGCGCCACUGUGGCGUUGUUGGAUGAGUUGCCUCCAAGACGGACCGGUGGUGAGCCGCGCGACACGAUUUGCUGAAUCAUAUGCUUUGAGUGCCCUGGGUCAGGUCCGGGCAUGUGUUUCGUGUGCGCACGCCUUACACUACGCAUGCGUACUUGGGGCGCUAGGUGCGGCGCCGCAUGUACUGGGCCUUGCCUGUUGCAUGCUCUGUCGCUUAUGCAACAGAUUCGCGGGUUCCGUGGGUUCCCCGUGGAAAGAAGUGAGAGUCGGUGUGAAAGGCGGUGGGCAUAAUUAUUAUAGUCUGUACGUAAUCCGUUGUUUUAGCUGAAACUCGGCCAGGGUAACCUGCUAUGCCGUGCGAACUCUUAUCUCGAGCAAGUGAACCCGGAUGACGCGCCGCGUAAAGAAAAAACAGGAGAAGCAAGCCUGUGUUGUGGACCACACAUGCAAUCUACGGUAUGUUUAAUUGAGCCCCUUGGGGACUGCGGUAAUUGCUCAACCGUGCCUGUUGUUGCUGUGGCUAGUGCUGGCACUGUCCUGGGAGCGACAGCACGCAAUGUCAGUGUGUGUGUGUGCGUGUGUGUGUUAGAAAGAAGAUCAAGAAGCGCGUGUGUGUGUUUGUGUGCGGCUGUGAGGCACGGUGCGCAAGGUGCUGGCCGCGCGCAUGCUGUUGGCAGGCUGGUGUGUGGGCGUGUGCUUGUGCGUGUGCGUGUGUGUGUGUGUGUGUGUGUGUGUGUGUGUGUGUGUGUGUGGCUGUGUGGCUGUGUGUGGCUGUGGUCGUGCAGAGGGAGUCACACAGGUUGUUGGGUUAAUGGAUGGCUGCCGUGACUUCUGAGUUCAGUGCUGGUGACGUAGGCUUCCGGCGGAAUGGAGGCAGCCGCGAUACCGUACUACCUGCUUUUAGUGCAAUAAAUCCUACUUCUUGGUUUUUGCUGUAGUUUUUGCUGUAGUACAUGGGACAAUCUAAUUGACAGAGGGAGUUCUAAUGGGUCUGGGGUGGGAUAUCGUAUAUGCUGUGCAACCAUAGUUAAUUUGGGCUGGGCUUGAGCUCCACACAAUAAGUUGGCGAUGAGAGAGCUCUGGCGAGUGAUGAGUCGCAAACCGCAUCAACUGCCAGAUGCGGAAGCAGUGCAUGGGUGGCGGUGUUUGAUUUGCACGGCGCUGCAAGAUGGAGGCAACCCGUAUGACGCGCGAAGCAUUCCCUUAAGCGCGGAUGUAUAUACCAGGCGUCAGGACGGCGAUGAGGGCGGCGGGCAACCAAUCAAUUUGUUGUUGAGAUUGACUACGGAAAGCGGUGUGCACAACCCAUCUCACGUUACGCAGAGCUCUUGUUGUUGAUAUGCGUGGGUUGCGCAUUUGAGCAGUACCGUAAUGACACGCUUUGGCAGCCCUACUGUUGUAGAGAUUGAGGGGUGCAUCUCACCCCUGCAGUGGUUGCAUUUGAUUUCUGCGCUUAGCAGUUCCCGGCGUACCGUAAACGCAUGCCGCAUAUUCACCCAACCUUCUGCUGAUCCAUCAGAGGUGACCGCAUUAGCAACCACCGGGCGGGCCAAUGGCUUGACGCCUGUGCUUGUAACACGCCGUUAAC